CAAACACACACGUCCGUGUCCCAAAUAUAUACAGGUGUCAUUUGAUCGCUUCUUCUCCCGCCAGACUGUACACUCUAACUCCUAUAUCAAAUCUAUAUAAGCACUAUUGAAUAUGAGUAAAAAAUGGUUUCCUCCACAGUCCGAUUUGGAGAGGGGCGUGGGCGGGCUUUAUAUCACUGACGUCACUCCUGAAACUGUGGCAACGUCGUCACGAUUUACACCCACUUCUGGUCCUGAGACAGAGGCACUGGUUCCGCCCAUUUUUCACUCUUCCACCUACAAACUUAAAUCUGUUGAUGACUAUCUCAAGAUUUUGGAAGAGGGUGGAUACAUUUACUCAAGAUUGAGUAAUUUCACUUGCCAAUCCCUUCAAGCUGCAAUAAAUAGCAUAGAAGGUGGAAAAGGCUCCCUCGUGUUUAGCACAGGAAUGGCUGCUAUAUCCACAGCGUUACUUUGUUUCCUGAAAAGUGGCGAUCACAUAGUUGUGAACAAUCCUUGCUACAGUGGAACAUAUGACGUAAUAAUGAACAUACUCCCUCGGUAUGGAAUCGAAUACACCUUCGUUAAUACGGGGUGUCCUGUGGAGGAAUACAAGAAACACAUCAAAGCUAAUACUAGGAUGCUAUAUGGUGAGACCCCGUGUAAUCCAAAUAUGGCUAUUCUUGAUCUGGAGGAGUUCGGAAAGCUGGGAAAGUCGCUGGACAACGUCCUGACCAUGGUCGACAGCACGUUCGCCAGUCCUUAUCUACAGCCCGUCAUACAGCACGGAAUCGACGUAUCAAUGCACAGCUGUACAAAAUACAUGGGUGGACACAGCGACCUCGUGGCCGGAUGUUUGACCUUUUCCUCUGUUGACCUUUGGAAGACCAUGCUUCAUUAUCAAACCAGCCUGGGAACGACGAUGUCACCCCAUGAUGCAAGUCUUCUGCUUCGUGGAAUCAAAACUCUCCCUAUACGCAUGGAAAGACACAGCUCUAAUGCCCAGAAAGUUGCUGAAUUCUUGGAAAAGCACCCUAAGGUUGAGAGGGUCAGUUAUCCUGGUCUACCAUCACAUCCACAACAUCAAGUUGCCAAGAAACAGAUGAAGAUGUUCAGUGGAAUGAUCGCUGCUGAGAUCAAGGGAGGGGUGCAGGGAGGGAAAAUUCUAGUGGAGAAUGUGCGCCUUGUGCAACUGGCAGUUUCAUUGGGAGGGGUAGAAAGCUUAAUUGAGCAUCCUGCUACGAUGACACAUGGUCCGAUGUUGAUGACGUCAGAGGAUAGACAGAGCGGUGGUAUAACUGACGGUCUCGUUAGAAUCAGUAUUGGUUUGGAGGAUCCAGAUGACCUUAUCAAAGACUUUCAGCAAGCACUGGACAAAAUUCCAGAAAAUCUCGUAGCUUAGGCAGGAUCAGAUUGUUCAACCUAAAUUAUAUCGUAUAAAAGCAGCCUAUAAAUUGUACUCUAUUACCUUCAAACAUCAAACACUUCAAAAGUAAUCUAGUUUAAUCCAUCUUCAUUCAAAGCGGGGGCAGACAGUUGAUCACUUCCGGUAAAUCACACCAUGGAUCAGGAAAUAGCUUGUAUCGUUUCUCACCCAGAAGACGGACACAGAAAACCAUUAUUUUGGAGAAUGUCUUGCAAACUGAGUUCAGUAUGGUGGUCUUGAAAUCACAGAUACUUGACAUGUCUAUGUGGAACAUGUCGUCACAAGCCGGACGGGAAAUUCCAUAUUUUACACCCUACAAAAUAAGCAUUUCGUGUCACAGUUCUAAUUUUGGAGGAACAUCUACAACCAGCAGACUUCGUCAAGACUAGAGUUCUACUAGACUGGAUUCACACAGACAAACUGUAAAAUUUUAGAAAAGGUGACCCAAGUUUGGGAGAGUCGAGCAUAUUUUUUCUCUUUUGGUUUUUCUACAAUAUUUUUAGUUUAAAAAAGCAAAGCAUUUCACAAAGAUGCAUUUCUCGAAAAAAUCGUAAGUUGAAACUUGGACUAAAGUCUGAAAUUUUGCUAAGAUUUUGACUGCUCAAAUGAAAGAAAACUCAAACUUAAGUUUAAGAAGAUUUUCUUCGAGAAAUCCAUGCCUUGUGUUAUAUUGCUGUAUCAGAUCAAGUUUCUUAUCAAUGUGACAAGUAUUAUUGGAUGAGUAUAUGUGUAGCAUCUUAAAGAAAUAACGAUAAAUAUUUUAUUGUCAUUAACACAUAUUAAACAGUUCAAGGAAAUAAAAUUAAUUGGUGUCUACAA